UCAUUUUCUUCAUCUAAGCCUCAUACAACAAAAAAUGACCACUUCAUUCUGUGUCAGCUCCCCCAAUAUUGGAUCAACCAAGGUAAUCGAAGGAAAUUUUAGCUACAGAGAAGAGCCAGCUCUAGAGAAAAGUAGCAAAGUUGAUGAGAAGAAAACAGGAGGAACCAAAAUUGCAAGCAUCUUGCUAGUGAAUCAAGCACUAGCUACACUAGCUUUCUUUGGAGUUGGAGUGAACUUGGUUCUGUUCCUGACUAGAGUUCUUGGCCAAGACAAUGCCCAAGCUGCUAACAAUGUCAGCAAGUGGACAGGGACUGUUUACAUGUUCUCAUUGAUUGGGGCAUUUCUCAGUGACUCCUACUGGGGUUGAUACUUAACCUGCACAAUCUUUCAGCUUAUUUUUGUCCUGGGAUUGGCACUGUCCUCUUUAUCCUCUUGGCGAUUCUUGAUCAACCCAUCUAGUUGUGGUGAUGGAAAUACUCCUUGUGUCCCAACAUCAAUUGGAGUGAACAUUUUCUACUUUUCCAUAUAUCUAGUUGCAUUUGGUUAUGGAGGGCACCAACCAACCUUGGCAACUUUUGGUGCAGACCAAUAUGAUGAGAAAAAUCCAAAAGAAAAGGGUUCAAAAGUAGCUUUCUUCUGUUAUUUCUACUUUGCCCUCAAUGUUGGAUCCUUUUUCUCCAACACUGUAUUAGUCUACUAUGAGGAUACUGGGAAGUGGACAAUGGGUUUUCUUGGAUCAUUGGCCUCUGCUGUUAUAGCCUUUUUGGCAUUCUUAUCAGGAACUCCAAGAUACAGGUAUGUCAAGCCAUGUGGAAACCCAGUGGUAAGGGUUGCACAAGUGUUUACUGCUGCUACUAGGAAAAGGGGCGUUGUUCCAGCCAAGGAAGAUCAACUUUUUGAGCUUGAUGGUUCUGAAUCUGCUAUAAAAGGGAGUAGAAAGAUUCUUCACUCUGAAGAUUUCAAAUUCAUGGAUAAGGCAGCAACUAUCACAGACAAAGAUGAGAACAGUUCAAACAAUACAUGGAGGCUUUGCACGGUGACUCAGGUUGAGGAAGCGAAAUGCGUCUUAAGAAUGCUACCAGUUUGGCUUUGUACCAUUAUCUAUUCAGUUGUGUUUACACAAAUGGCUUCUCUUUUUGUUGAGCAAGGGGAUGUCAUGAACUCCAACAUAGGAAAAUUUAAUUUGCCAGCAGCCAGCAUGUCUGCAUUUGGCAUUUGCAGUGUCCUUGUAUGCACUGGAAUUUAUUGCCGAAUCCUUGUACCAUUAGCUGGAAGACUAAGUGGUAAUCCAAUAGGUCUAAGUGAGCUUCAAAGAAUGGGAGUUGGCCUAAUCAUUGGAAUGCUAGCAAUGGUUGCAUCAGGUGCCACAGAGAUUGUAAGGCUGAGACAUAUCAUUCCUGGCAAAGAGACUAGUUCAAUGAGCAUUUUUUGGCAAAUCCCACAGUAUGUUCUGGUUGAUGCUUCAGAAGUUUUCAUGUAUGUGGAAUUGGAGUUCUUUAAUGGUCAAGCCCCGGAUGGAAUAAAAAGCUUUGGGAGCUCACUUUGCAUGGCUUCAAUUUCUCUUGGGAACUAUGUGAGUAGCAUGCUGGUGAACAUGGUCAUGGGAAUCACUGCAAGAGGCCAAAACCAAGGUUGGAUUCCAGAAAACUUGAACACAGGACACAUGGAUAGGUUUUUCUUCCUCCUUGCUGGCCUAGCUGCUUUUGAUUUUGUGCUAUACUUGUUCUGUGCCAAGUGGUACAAGACCAUGAGCAUCCAUGUUGAAGAUCAAGAGGAGGGUGAUGGGACUGGAAAAGUUUGA